UCUCUAUUAAAGAAUCGACAGGAACGACGUGUUUCGAGAGGCAACGAUGCAGCGACGUAAGAGAUAUACAUUCAUUAGUUACGCGGUCGAGCGGGGCGGUGAGCGUUUACACGAGCACGCGCCAGAAUUCCAGCGGAGUGGUGGGCAAAAGGAGCGAGUGGUGGGAGUAGGAGGCAGGAGAUAGACCGACCAAUAGAAAGCGAAGGGAGACCAAGCUCCCGGGCGGAGCAUUCGAAUAUACCAGACGGUGUACUGGCGUCCUUCUGUCAAACGGCGUUUAGCCGUCGAGGGAGAAGAUAGUGUGUCGUACAUUCGAAAGAAUUGUCUCGAAUUCUCUCGAGAAAUAUUUCACUCAGUGGUAAAUAAUCGUCAAAUCACAAAAAUCAUUGGAAAAUCGCAAUCGAGCGACGAUCCCAAUCGUUCUAUCGUGUUCCACGUCGAGCAGAGAUCGUGGUCUCGAGGAUAAAGGAAUAAAAUGGAAAUUGGCAAAACCUCGAACGAAUGGUUCGUUUAAAGAGUAUCUCGAGGCAGGAGACUUUUGGCAGAAACGAGCAUCAGCAUGUUGCACAGUUCAUUGCCACGGGCAUUCCUCGCCCCCGGAUUGAAUUAUCUUGGUUACUACGGUGACGAGAUCCAUCAGCAUUCGUACGGCACCACUUGGCACAUUCCAAUGGAGAAUCCCCCGACCUAUUCAAGGGUCCCCGAUCACCACGUUCUUCAAACCUGGGAUCUGUCCAGAUCGUCCACGCCAUGCCCGCUCGACUUAUCUCUGAAACCACCGCCUACACCAAGCACACCCAAGACCGAAGAUUCGAUCGUAAUAACAGAUUUGAAGAAGGAUCACCGAACGUUGGAUGAAGCGCACAAAGAGUCGGAAAAUUGCAGAUAUGGGAGGAGUCCCAACGACGAGUCGAGCCCCCUCGUAGUCGACGAUUUUGACACGGUCCCUCGAAGCUCCUCGGUGCACAGUCAUUCGAGCUACGAGCAAGUUCUGUCCAAGAAAGAGCCUUCGCAAGCCCAAGAAUUACCCGUCAAAGCUUGCACCUUCGACGAAGCCACCCGCUUGGUUCCCUUCGGCUCGACCAACGAAAUUUCCUCCAAAUAUUACGCGCACAAUCAAAAACUUUUGUUAACAAGCCCGAACCACCAUCUGCAGUCUGCCGUACAAGGCUAUCACCAACAACUUUUGCUGACUCCGCAGCAUCACUUGCAGGGCAUGCAGCACGCGCCCAUGACACCGCCUAGCACGCCAUCGCCUCCGCAGUGUCCCAGAAGGAAAGCAAGGGAGGAGAAUUCGAGUCCAGGUUCAACUAGCAGCAACACUGGCGCGUCUAACGGGUCCAGAUCGAGCGAGAAGCUUCUCCAGAGGCCGAAGAAGAAGCACGCCAGAAGGUUGAAGUUCGACGAGGACACGAGCAGCCCCGUAUCGGGCACCGUGAUUCUGGGCCCGGACGAGGCGGUGGUCACGGGAGACAUCGAUCCAGCGUUCAACAUCGUCGAAGUCACCGAGGAGGCGCGAGCCGAGCUGGCCAAGAUCGAGAACAGGCUCGGCCCGUAUCAAUGCAAGCUCUGCAGGCAGUUGCACGAGGACGCGUUCCAAUUGGCCCAGCACAGAUGCUCGAGGAUAGCCCACGUCGAGUAUAGGUGUCCCGAGUGCGACAAGAGGUUCUCAUGUCCGGCCAACUUGGCGUCCCAUCGACGCUGGCACAAACCUAGACUGGCCAACGGCGAGCAUUCCACCUCCACGGCAAGCGUCGAGAUACCGUGCACCAGGUGCGACGCCAAGUUCACCAGGCAGGCGGCGUUGAGGAAGCAUCUGGCCAGCCAGCAUCCAGAGGCAAAUAACAACAACAACAAUAUUAUUUUGGACACGCAAGGAGCCGCUGUUGGUAAGACUGACGUUGUUCAGGUGGUCAACGAUGGCUCGUUGAACACCGAGAUACCCUGACACCAAUUCCCAGCGAGACCUUUGCCUCGAAGGCCGGGACUCUAUUGGAGAUUCGGUCUUGAUUUGUAAACGUUUCUGAAUCCUUUAUUUUCCGCGAUCGAUGAAUCUAUGGAAAGAGGCAAUCGACGUGUAUAUAUAGCUUUUCCUUAUACCUUGCAUUCCCUUUUGUUCUUGUUGAAAUACAUAUUUUUGAAAUUUUCAAAAGUUUAAGUAUAUAUACAGCGAGGUGAAUUUUGUUCCUUUUG